AUGAUAGAAAAUAAUGUAUCUAGUGAAAGCGAUGAAGGGGAAAUAAAAUCAGAGUUUGAAGAAGAUUUUCAAGAAGAAUUAUAUAAUUUUCCUCAUGUUUUAAAAUUUAUCCAGAGAAUGCGUGAUCAUAUUAGGAAGCAAAACAAAAAAAUUGUUAAAUUACGAAAUAAACUUAAUGAACAUAAAAAUCAGAAAUUAUUACAAAAGAAAACUUUAAUUGAUUAUGGGACCCAAACAAAUCUUUUGGAAUAUGAGAAGGAAUCACAUCUCUCACAGGAUUGGAGUAUUAGUAAUGACAAAACAUCAACUGGUAUUAAAGAGCAAGUAAAAGAAGCAGCUGAAUCUGCUUUAUUGCAAACUGGUUUUGUUUAUGAAGAAACUUCUGGUUUAUACUAUGAUUAUAACAGUGGAUAUUAUUAUGAUGCAAAACAAGGUUUAUAUUAUGAUGGUAAUACGGGUACAUAUUAUUAUUAUGAUGAAACUAGUGGAUCAUAUCAGUUCCAUAGUCAAGCACAAGUAACUGUGAACGAAGCAGCUGCAUAUGUGCAUAGCAAGAAGGAGCAGAAGACUAGAAAGGCAAUUAAGGAUGAGGGGAAAAAACGCAAACUUGCAAAAAGAGAAGAACAAUUGGAAGAUGAACUUGAGGAGGGUGAAUGUUCAAGCAAUGAUAACGACAGCACUUCUAACGAUAUUACUCCAGAAUUAUGUACUAGUAGUGACAGUGAUCAUGAAGAAGAUCAAGAUUUAGCGAAAACUUAUCCACCAUGCAUGAGAAUCAUAGUCAAAGAAACUAAUUUAUCGAAAGUAAAAAUUGGAAGUCUCUUUCUUGUUGCGUACACGGGUGGUUCAAUUGGUCGAGAAGGUGAUCAUUCUGUAGUUAUUCCCGAUAUAAAUAUUAGCAAACAUCAUGCUCGAUUCGUAUAUAACGAAGAUAAAAAAAUAUAUGAAAUCAUUGAUUUGGGAUCAAGAAAUGGCACGUUUUUGAAUAGUAAAAGAUUGUCUGUAGCUAAACAAGAAUCUGAACCUCACGAAGUUACUCAUGGUUCGAUUGUGCAAGUUGGUACUACAAAAUUGUUAUGUCACAUUCACAAUGGAAACGAAACUUGUGGUCAUUGUGAACCAGGACUCGUUCAACAAAGCAAUAAUGCGGAAGAAAACAAAGCUUCUAAGAAAGAGCAACACAAACAAGAAUUAAAACGGUUAAAGUAUAAGUUUGGUGUAGAGAAAGAUAAUGUUGCAACUGCUAGUCAGCUGGCAUUAGGCUAUCAAGAUAGAGCGCAAAGUCGAAGACAGUGCGUUGGAUCAUUGAAUCAUCAUGCUAAAACGCAACAAAGUUCAAUGGAUAUAUCUAUAGCAAAGGACAACAGAGGGUUUAAGCUUUUAUCAAAAAUGGGUUGGUCUGAAGGACAAUCAUUAGGAAAAGAAGGAGAUGGCCCCAUUGAACCGGUAUCUUUGACGAAUAAUCCGAGCAAAACCGGUCUCGGGGCAACGAGCGAAUUUCCUACAAUCGAGCUAGAUUCUACGACGGAAAAGAAGCAGGCGUUAUGGCGAAAGACCCAGCAACGUUACAAAGAAAUAACCGACCAUGCGAAAUAAUUGCACCGUGAACGUUUUGUCGGGGGAAACGCGCGAUUUGCAUUGCGCGCGCUUUUUCAUCCGUCUGUCACGGUAAGCGAAGACAAUUACGUUCGAUCGUUGAAAUCUCAUUAGUGCCACGCGAAAAUUUUUACCAAACCUCCACGAUAAUUAUUAAAGCUAGACGUUAAGCGUAGAAUUGUAUCAUAAUUCGAAUCCUCGAUUCGAGUAAUCGCGUUAUUUAU